AUGGGACUAGUGCAAGCGUCAGUGAGUAAACCUAAAGAAGAAACAUGUGUGCCAUGUCCGGACGGUUAUUGGCCUGGUAAUCCCGGUACCUUUGAAGAAAUCCACAAAAAAGUCAAAGACAUGCACCCGCGUAAUUUUGAAGGUGCCAGAUUAUUUGUACGUAAAUCACUGAGCGAUUAUUUCAAUGCCUAUCACACGAUAUCACUGAGUUCAUUCAUGCCGUCUGGUUACAAAUUCGGCGCUUGUUACAAGGGAUCAAAGCACAUCGGACUCUACGAAAGAUAUCCGCUGAUAAGCGGUGACAUUAUGCCUAAUGGUAACCUGGCCGCAAGUUUUGCGCACACGAUUGGCUGCCGUUUUCGAAUUAAGCAUGUCACGCAAAUGGUCAAAGGCAAAUGCGUGACGGCGAGUUCGACAGCUGAAUACAGAUCGGAUGACUCAACGCUGUCAUUGAUAAUCGCCGAUCCGGAUAUUAUGAAACAGUCUGGAACUUUUGUAUUGCAUUACCUACAAGCGCUGUCAUCACGGCUGACCCUCGGCACGGAGAUUGCGAUACAUCGCAGCAAGUAUGUGCCAGGAGGCCAACAAUCCAUCAUGACAUUUGCGGCGAGGUACAGCAGUGGAGCCAGAACAUUAGCAGCGACUUUCGGGCAAGUUGGACUACAUGUUAGUUAUCAUCAUAGAGCGAGUCAGCAGCUACAGCUUGGAGUUGAGUUGGAGUCUAAUCUACGGACACUUGAUUCGACAGCGACUUUGAUCUACGAGCUUGAUGUCCCGCAUGCAGACAUGAUUUUCCGCGGACUUGUCAAUACUGAGACUACUAUUGGCGGUGUGUUCGAGAAAAAAUUGUACCCGAUGCCCGAGACCUCGUUGGUACUCAGCGGGAUGUUGAAUCACAGAAAACAGCAACUACGAGUUGGAAUAGGACUCAACAUCGGAUGA